GUUCUCUACAGGAUAUCUGGGUAGAAAGGGUAAGGUUCUUGGCUUCCUCUUCAUACACUGAAAACUUAAAAAUCUCUGAACUGAAAACAACAGUGUAAAUUUCUGCUGCUUCCAUUGAAAAUAUUGCCCUGACUCUGCUAAUAUCUUACCUUUUGGGGGAUGUAUUGUUAUGAAGAAUGGAGACUCCAGUGAGAAAUCAUCACUCUAAUGCUUUCCUUAAGGAAGGAACAUAAAUCCUCAGAAUGAGAAGUAACAGCAUGAACAGUACAAGAGCAAAGUGCAUGGAUCUUCAAAUGCCAUUUCAGUACUCGCUCUAUGCAACCACCUAUAUCCUCAUAUUCAUCCCUGGUCUUCUGGCCAACAGUGUGGCCUUGUGGGUUCUGUGCCGCUUCAUCAGCAAGAAAAAUAAAGCCAUCAUUUUCAUGAUCAAUCUCUCUGUGGCUGACCUUGCUCAUGUGCUGUCCUUACCCCUCCGGAUUUACUAUUACAUCAGCCACCACUGGCCUUUCCAGAGAGCCCUUUGCCUGCUGUGCUUCUACGUGAAGUAUCUCAACAUGUAUGCCAGCAUUUGCUUCCUGACGUGCAUCAGCCUUCAGAGGUGCUUCUUUCUCCUCAAGCCCUUCAAGGCCAGAGACUGGAAAUGUAGGUACGACGCGGGCAUCAGUGCUGCCAUUUGGAUCAUUGUGGGGACUGCCUGUUUACCACUACCCAUCCUGAGAAACGCAGACUUAGCCAACAACACUGAGUCCUGCUUUGCUGAUUUAGGGCUUCAACACAUUAGCAUGGCUUCCGCCAUUGGCAUGGUAACUGUAGCUGAAAUUGGAGGGUUUGUGUUACCUGUUGUAAUUAUCACCUCUUGCACAUGGAAAACGAGAAAAUCCUUAAGGGAAUUCCAAGUUCCCUCACAGAAUACCGAAGAGAGAAAAAAGGCUUUGCGGAUGGUCCUGACAUGUGCAGUAGUGUUCGUUGUGUGUUUCACCCCUUACCACCUCAAUUUCCCCUUCUUUAUGAUGGUGAAGCAACAUGUGUUUUCCAGCUGCUCGUUUAUUAAGAGCACUCUAUGUUUCCACAUCAUUUCCCUGUGUCUUGCAAAUCUGAAUUGUUGUCUUGAUCCAGUUGUAUAUUAUUUCAUGACUUCAGAAUUUCGUGAUCAAUUUUCAGAACAUGGUGGCUUGGUUCUUCAGUCAUGUGUGAGGUGUCAGGAGAGCAAUUGGGAAAUUAAUCAGAGGAAGGAGGAUCUUCAAAAUAUCUCUCUUGAAUUUUUGGAUGAUUCCAAGACAAUUUAAUCACAUAAUUAGCUAGAACAAUUCAUAUAAUCUAUCAGUUUAGCUAUAUCAUAUUGAAGAUUUUUAAAAAAUGAUGUUGAUGAAUACCUUAAAGAAAAACUGAUCCCUUCCCUUUAUCCUCAAAAUGAUUCUUAUGAAAGAAAUAUUCAUGCCUGUAUUUCCUCCCCAAAUGGAAAUAUAUUGUCCUAUGGAGUAUGUGAGCAAGUAUCUUUCUUUACAGAAGGUGAUCGGCACCUUUUCCUGAGAGCAGCAAAAGGUAAUUUGAUCACAGGUGGACUUAGUGUAUUGUCAAAACAUUUGAAAUUGUACAGGAAAACUAUAUGAUUCUAGCUUUAUCUAGAAAGUAUACACUAAUUGAGUAGACUGAAGAGUAGCUUCUUAUUGAUGUUAAUAUGAGUUAAGGAAAUUAUUAUAAUUUAGAAUAUCUAUGACACUUUCCCUUUCCAUGCUUGGGGAUACAGAUAAUUCACAUUAAUCCAAAAUAUCUCUAAAGUAUCAUGAGGUUCACACAACACACACACACAUACACACAGCUUAAAGACAAAAUGUUAUGUUCUAACACAUUUCACAACCUUAAGAAUUUCAGGGUUUGCAGUGAAGAUUCUUUGCUUGGAUUUCUCUGAGUGCAUGUGAAGUGAUACUGUUUUUAUAUAUUGGCACUGAUUCAGAAAAUAUUUUGUUAUAUUUGUUUAUUAAAAUCAGCUAUGUCAUAGUCUCCCUAGUUUGAUUGCUUUUUAUACAAUCUGAGUCACAAUUUCACUUGAUACAUUUAGAUUAAUGAAUAAAGAAUCACAUACAUACAUGCAGUUUUUCAGUUGCUAAACUCUGUAUGGACCUCAUUUAAUACAAGUAAAGUUAUGUAUAAGGAGAACACUGGUGAAUUGAACCCUAUGAUAAAUGCAGAAUGGAAUAUUGCUAUUUAAAAAAUCCCUUUGAUUAAAUCCUUUUGUAAUAUAAAUCACUUCCCUUGGAAAAUUUGAACCUAAAAUUUCAUAUAUUGGGGUUCCUUAAAAUAGAACAUAACAUUUUUUCCCCUAAAUUUUAUUUAUUUUGUUGUUGUUGUUGACAAUAUACACAGAAAAACAUACACCAGUUCAACAGUUUCUACAUGUACGGUUCAGUAACACUGUUUAAAUCUUCGAGUUGUGCGACCAUUGUCACCCUCCUUUUCUGAGUUGUUCUUCCCUCAUUAACAGAAACUCACUGCCCC